CAACUCCGAACCUAAACCCCUCCCCUCCACGUAGGCUCGGACAACCGUUUGCCCCCCGAACCUCCUACUCAAUAAACAACCAAAACCCACAAUUAAUAAUCCCCCAAUUCCCCAAAAUCCAAUCAAUUUUGCCUCUGAUCUCCACCUUCUUCCUCAAACCACAAAUACACAGAAAACCCACCCCCAAUUUCUUCCUAUUAACCCCGUUGUCGUCCCUCUCAAGCUUUCUUGUGAAGCCACUUUUCCCCCCCCACCACAGUUUUCAACUCUCCUCUGCAACUUUUGAUGCUGUCGCCAUUAAAGCUUCACGGAAAAGCAUUCCCCCCCCUACACUCUUUUUACUUAUAUAUAUAUAUAGGCACACCUCCUUCCUUCUUAUUACAGAGCUUCUCCGCCGCCGGUUAUGGAGUCGCCGUUAGGGUUCGUAUUUCUGAUCUCCCAUUUCUUAACACUCGCCGCCGCUUUGCUCGACCCGAUCGACUUCCUCGCCCUGCAAUCGAUCAGAAAAGGCCUCAGCGAUUUACCUGGCUCUAAUUACUUCGCCGCCUGGGAUUUCACCUCCGAUCCCUGCAACUUCGCCGGCGUUUACUGCGACGCCGAUAGAGUCGUCGCUCUUAACCUCGGCGAUCCUCGGGCCGGGUCCCAGGGUUUGACGGGUCGGAUCGACCCGGCCAUCGGGAAGCUUUCUGCGCUCGCGGAGCUUACCGUCGUUCCGGGUCGGGUAUAUGGAGCAUUGCCUCCUGCUAUAUCUCAGUUGAAAUCGCUUAGGUUUUUGGCCAUUAGUCGGAACUUUUUGUCCGGUGAUAUUCCGGCGAGUUUGGGGCAACUCCGGGGGCUGCGGACGCUCGAUCUCAGCUUUAAUCAGUUCACCGGAAGUAUUCCGUUCGCCGUCGGGACUCUCCCUGCGCUGACGAACGUUGUCCUCUGCCAUAACCGCCUCUCAGGUUCGAUUCCGCCGUUCGUUUCGGAAACCCUAACUCGCCUCGAUUUGAAGCACAACGAUUUUUCCGGUGAUCUUCCGCCGCUAGGGCUGCCUGCCUCCGUCCAGUACCUAUCUCUGUCGUGGAACCGCCUCACCGGUCCGGUCGACGGAAUACUGUCGAGAAUGGAGCAGUUGAGCUAUUUAGACCUGAGUUUGAACCAGUUCACCGGCUGUAUUCCGAGCAACCUCUUCAGUUUUCCGAUCAGUAGCCUCCAACUGCAGCGGAACCAAUUCUCCGGCGCGGUUCAACCGGCGGACCAAGUAACGAUCCCGACGGUGGAUCUGAGCUAUAACCGUCUCUCCGGCGAGAUAUCCCCAAUGUUGUCGACGGUGCAGAAUCUGUACCUGAAUAACAACCGUUUCACGGGGAGAGUUCCGGCGAGCAUGGUGGAUCGCGUGCUGUCGGCGGGGAUACAGAUACUGUACCUGCAGCACAACUACCUGACGGGGAUCGAGAUCAAUCCGACGGUGGAGAUUCCGGUGAGUACUUCGCUGUGUUUGCAGUACAACUGUAUGGUCCUGCCGUUGCAGACGCCGUGCCCUUUGAAGGCCGGGACCCAGAAGACCAGGCCGACGGAGCAGUGCAUUCAGUGGAAAGGGUAAAAUGGUAAUUCAUUGAUUAAUUAAUUAAUUAAAAUUCGUUGAUUUAUUUUUAUUUUUGGUUGUUAUUUUUUGGGUGGAUAAAAUAUUACAAGUGAUGAAAAUUAAAGGCUUUAAAUGUGGA